GGUAGAGCGCGCGCGCGGCGAGUCCAGUAGGAAGCGUUUUAAAAAGCAGCGGGUGAAUAAGGGGUGUGAGCUGGUGGGUGUCGCUGGUGAUGUCACACCUCCCAGACAGCCAGGAUUGGACCCUAAUUACAACGCUCGGCAGCAAAUAGAUAGGCGUCCUGCAUGAUUUAAUUCAAACUGGCUCGUGCCAAACAUUUCUGCAGAGGCGCGGAAAACUGCCGCCGCGGACGGGGCUGCCGAGCCGAGAGCCGCCACGCUGCGCCGCGAGCAGCGUCUCCGUGAGCCGCGGGCGAGCUGGAGUUUCAGAGGUGAUCCAAAAGCAGCGAGGAGCGAUCAGAGGGGGAGAGGGGGAGAGCCGAAAACACGGUCCGAGUCUACGGCAAAUCAGACGACGCGACGUUAUCGCACAGCGGCGGCGGCUGAAGCGAGACAAGUACAAAGCGGGGGUCGAGCCGCCGAGUCCAAGUUAUUCCUGCGCUCCGCUCCAGAGCCCGCGCUGAUGGCAUCUGUACUUGGGAACAACGGCCGCGCGUCCGGGGCUCAGAGCGGACAGGUGAAAUGCAAGCUGAAGAGGAGGAGGAGGAGGCGAUCGAAGAGGAAAGAGAAAGUCAGUAUGCUGUCAGCAUUGAUCGCUCCCUUCAAGUACAUAAGCCCUGGGACCAGCGGCACCGAGGACGAGGACAGUUUAAGUACCAGCAGCGCAGAGGUAAAGGAAAAUCGUAACAUCGGUAACCUGGAGGACCGCACCACGGGUUCCCCCGAGCGCCAGUCGAUUUUCUGCUCUGACUCGCCAAGAAGCGGCAGCUCAGGUAUGAAGAGGAAGCGGCCGCUGGAGGAGGACAACAAUGGCCACUUGUGCCAGCUCCGCCUGAUUUAUAAGAAACUGUCCUGGUCUGAAGCCCCAAAGAAUGCUUUGGUGCAGCUCAAUGAGCUCCGUCCAGGUCUGCAGUACCGCAUGGUGUCCCAGACAGGCCCCGUGCACGCUCCCGUGUUUUCCAUUGCCGUGGACGUGAACGGGUUGACCUUCGAGGGCACGGGUCCUACAAAGAAAAAAGCCAAGAUGAGGGCGGCCGAGCUGGCCCUGAAGUCCUUCAUUCAGUUUCCCAAUGCUCCUCAGGCCCACCUAGCCAUGGGAAACAUUUCCAACCCUUCGGCUGACUUCACCUCAGACCAGGCCGACUUCCCUGACACUCUCUUUAAGGAGUUUGAGGCUUCGCCUUGCUCCGAUGGCCUCUCGCUCUGCAGCUCGGCAGCUGAGAGCGAGCUGAUAUCAAGCGAGCUGCUGAGGCAUGGGCGGCUGCUGAGGCACACCUUGGACCUGAUGGUGCAGGCUCAGCGGAGGCUGGGUGGGAUUGUUUCGCCUCUAGAGGCCCCCAAGAGUCCGGUGUCGCUGCUGAACGAGCUCCGGCCUGGUCUUCGCUACGCCUGCCUCUCCGAGAAGGCCGAAGGCCGACGACUACGGAGCUUCGUGAUGGCGGUCCGCGUUGACGGGAGGAUAUUUGAGGGCUGUGGUCGCAGCAAGAAGUUGGCCAAGACCCAGGCAGCUCAAUGUGCUCUUCAGGCCCUCUUCAACAUCAGGACAGCUCCGGAGGGGACGAGUGGCCUCAAAACCAGCAGGAAGAGUUGUCCUCAUUUACCCCAGGACUUUGCCGAUUCAGUAUUCCAUUUGGUGAGGGAGAAGUACUGGUCACUGGUGGGCAGCUGCAGUCCUGCGCACGCUCGACACAAAUCCCUGGCAGGCAUCGUAAUGACCCGAGGGCUGGACCUGCGACACGCCCAGGUGGUGGCCUUGUCCACGGGAACCAAGUGUAUCAACGGGGAGUACCUGAGUGACCAGGGCCAGGUGGUCAACGACUGCCACGCCGAAGUCACAGCUCGCAGGGCUCUGCUGCGCUUCCUCUACGCCCAGCUCGAACUCUUCCUCAGUAAAAGGCCAGAGGACUGGGAAGAGUCAAUAUUUGUGCGGCACAAGGAAUGCGGUUACAGGUUGAGGGAAAACGUCCAUUUCCACAUGUACAUCAGCACGUCACCGUGUGGCGACGGGAGACUCCACUCACCCUAUGAAAUCACCACUGACCUGCACAGCAGCAGACACCUGACGAGGAAGCAUCGCAACCACCUACGCACCAAGAUCGAGUCGGGCGAGGGCACGGUGCCCGUGCGGUGCCGGGGCCCGGCCCAGACCUGGGACGGCGUGCUGCAGGGCGAGCAGCUCAUCACCAUGUCCUGCACGGAUAAGAUCACCAGAUGGAACGUCCUCGGCCUGCAGGGGGCGCUGCUGAGCCACUUCGUGGAGCCCGUGUACCUGCACAGCGUGAUCGUGGGCAGCCUGUGUCACACGGGUCACCUGGGACGUGUUCUGAACCAGCGGCAGGAACGUCUGGGGCCGCUUCCCACCGCAUACAGACGCAACACGCCCUUCCUCAGUGGACUGAGCAGUGCUGAGUAUCAACAGCCAGGCAAGGCCUCCGGCGUCAGCAUCAACUGGACGCUGGGUGACGCGCAGCUGGAGGUGCUCAACGCCAGCACAGGACGCAAACGGGACUCGGGAGCAGCCUCGCGCCUCUGCAAGCACGCCCUGUUCACCCGCUGGGGCCGGCUCUACCGCAAGAUAGGGAUCCCUGCGACUGGCUCGGCCGACCACCAGCUCAUGUACUGUGACACAAAGAUGGCCGCGCGCUGCUACCAGACAGUGAAGCAGCACUGGUUCAGGUCGCUACAGGAAACGGGCCUGGGAACCUGGGUGAAGAAACCGCCUGAGCAAGAACAGUUCCUGCUGCCAGCCUGAGGAGUGUGUGUGUGUGUGUGUGUGUGUGUGUGUGUGUGUGUCUUUGACUUUUAUUUUUUUAGAGUACGAUCACCCCCCCCCUCACAUCUUCACACCUGUGAGUUCAACUCAUGACCAUCAUCGCCAUCGCCCGAUGCACGGGCAUCGGGAUGAAGGUCAGCCGGCCACGCUGACGAGCGGAGGGAUGUGAAAAGACGGCCUUUUUUCUAUCUGUCCCUUCUUUAAACAGGCACAUUUAAGCAAACACACCCCUCUCUGGCUGUCAGGGGGUGGGGUAACCUUGAGCAGAAUGAAAGGCAGCUGCUAUCUUGUCAUCAGCUAUUUCCGGGCCCCGAGGCUCCCGCUGAGGAGCAGAGCCACAAGAGAGGGAGCGGGCGAGCGAGAGAAAAAGGAGAGGGAGAGGUCCACGUCCAAUUACCGGCCCUGUCAGGGUGACGGCUGAUAGAGGAAGAGGAAGGGACGUGGGAGUGAGGGAAGGCAUCGCUUCACCUGCCCCUCUCUCGUUCCCGUCUCCAUGACUUCCUCCUCCCUCUGCCUCCAUCUCCCCCUCCCGUGCCCUCUUUUCAUUUCCCUCGUCCCUCUGUUCUUAAUGUGACACAACGACAGGUUAAUACACCAUGUCCCCCCCUUCACCCUCCUCUUCUCGUCGGUAGAGAGGAAGAGGAGGCUGAGGCGAGGUGUGUAAAUGCAGCCAUUACCUCUCGGCUAAGUACAAGUGGAGGUGGCGGCGGGGAAGCGUCCCGUUUCCUUUGGUUUUUAACCCGGGUCACCGGAGUUUUUCCUGUUUCCGUCCGUCUGAAUCAAAGCAGGCCGCCGUCGCUAACAGCAGGUAGUAGCUGUGACUCUUUACCCGAGGCCAUCACCAGUGUUGGUGGUUGUUGCUUUUUUAUUUGUGUAGGUAACUGUUAUAUUCAUUACUAUCAUAGCUGUUGUUCUGUCAUUGCUGUGCUCUCUUGAAACAGUUCAGAUGGUUGGUAAUGAAAUCCAAGUAGUGAGAGUGACAUCUAGUGGUGGUGUCUGGUAUUGUUUGCCCAUCCCAAAUCCCAUUUAGUGUGUGUGUGUGCGGAGGAUUUGACAAACAGGCAGAUUUACUCAAGAAUUGAAAAUAUUUAGCCUGCACUUGGGUUUCCAUUCAUUACAGGCAGAUUUAUUGAAAACGAGGACCAAUCGCUUACAUUGUGACAUUUGUUUAGUCUUAAAACCUCUAAUUGUUCAAGUAGAAAAUAUCCCAGGUUUUAUUCAUGCAGCACAUAAUGAAGGUAAUCUGCUCUAAUUAGGUUUUACACUAGUUCUUGCAGAACCUCGUUAGUCUUUUAAUAGUUAGUUUGAACAUGUCAAAGUGCCACAGACACUGGAGAGGUAUUGUCCAUUAUACCUCAUGUUCCAGUAAAGUUUUUCACUUGCACGAUCUCUCAUAUUGGCGUAGUUGCAGGAACAGAUCUCUAGAUCAGCAGCAUAAUGAUCCUAAGAAACAACCGGUAUUUGUAAUAAUAUAGUAAAACACAAAGUACAGUGAGAAAAAUGUAACUAGACUGGAACCCAGGAAUUUGUGUAUUUUGAAAGUGAACUUCCAUUGAAGCCUUUGGAGCAAAACCCCUCACAUCACACUUUUAUUUGGAGGCUGAACAAAGAAUAUCUUACAGUUGUUCCAAAAGCAUUGUUUACAUUUUACAACCAAAUCCAAUAAUAAUAAAAUGAAAUUAGCUAAAAUAUGUAGCGAGUGAACGGAGUAGCUGCCUUUGUGUCUGUGGGUGUAGCCUCAGGGGAAACUGAGUCAGGAUUGAUGUCAUUAGCGUAAUAGUGUAUGAGAUUGAGACCCUUGUUUGGCUCCACCUUCGGUUUCCUUUAAGGCUGGAAAAUGACCCCUUUUUUGUCUAGUUGUACAAACAAAGGGCCCCUCACGCCUGCAUUAAGGAGGGCCACAGCGCCCAGACGCGCAUCCUGUAGCAAGAAACAUGAUGUUUUGUGUAAAUCUGGUCUUUUUCGCGUCAGAACAGAGCGAUCGUUGUUCCCUUCAUCCACGUGUCACCUUCAGUGAACAGCAUCAUUCCUAAAGCAUCACAGCAUCUCAUGACAUAUUCACUGGCCAUGGAAACAAAUGAAGAGAUUUAUUUUGAAAUAGAUUAACGAUAAGGCAUGUCUACAUGGCAAUACUGUAUCUAAGAGUGUACAUAUGUAUAAAACAUGUACAGAGGAUGCCGACAAAGACGAGAGAGAGCCUAAAAUGUCCGAUUGUGAUGAACAAUAAAGUAUAUGAACAGCUGCUGCUAAGGUCUGUAUAUUGCACUUAAGUAAAAGUGAAUGUUUGUACCGUACAUGUGAAUAAAACCACAAAAUCUUGUCAUUUUA